CCCGCUCCGCCUCCGAGCCCGUAGCGCAGCAAAGAUGGUUUCUCCCCAAACCCGAUACUUAGUGUUCUUUCAGUACUGGGGCACUAAAUAUAGUGGGGUCAUGCAAACCUCAGCUAAGCAGUCAGGGGUUGGAGUCCAGAAUUAUUUGGAGAAGGCAGCACAGAACCUAAAACCCGUUGUUCCCAUCAAGUUCCACAUCUCCAGCCGGACCGACAGCGGUGUCCACGCGCUCUGCAACUCUGCUCACUUUGACAUCCAGAGGGCACCAGGGAAGCCAGCUUUUCAAGAGAGAAUGCUAGUUGGUUGUCUGAAUCACCACUUGAAGCCCGAGCCAAUCCGCAUCUUGAGUGCCUAUCGAGUGACCAAGAGUUUCCAUGCACGUUUCUCUGCGCUGUCAAGAACCUACAUUUAUCGGCUGCUGAUGGGCUGCACCCACCAUUCUGAAAUACCAGUGUUUGAGAGGGACCUGUGCUGGGCUCCCACUGGAGGCUACCUCGACGUGCCUGCCAUGCAGGAUGCAGCACAGUUCCUGCUGGGAACACACGACUUCAGCACUUUUCGUUCACUGAACUCUGAAACCCCAUUUCGGUCUCCAGUCAAAACCAUCCUACAGGCAGACAUCCAACCCUCUUCUGGUUUCCUAUCCCACCACUAUGAAUACAGGGGACUGCAGUUUUGGGAGCUGAAGUUCAAGAGCAGAUCGUUUCUUUACCGACAGGUCCGAAGAAUGGUUGGGGCUCUAGUUGCAGUUGGCCAGGGAAAGUUGGCACCUCAUCAUAUAAAGGAGCUGCUGGAGAUGAAGGAUGCAAGGGCUCUUCCACCAUUUGCCAUGGCUCCAUCGUCCGGACUCUUCCUAAAAUCAGUGGAAUAUAAUGAAGCAGAUUUGCAAACAGCGGCCCCGGGAGAAUAGCAGCUCUGUCAGCCAUGUCUGAAAGGACUGUUGUUGUGGAUAUGGGAUGGAGGUUUGCAGAGCUCUUUAUGCAAUACGUGGUCUUGUCUCAAUAAACAUCACUGACUGUA